AUGGAGUUCGCAGGGAUCGAAGAUGUCGACGAACGGCGGGAGGAGGAGGAAGUCGAGUUCAUCCUAGGCGCUUUACCAUCGAUCUGGCAUAACACACAGAACGUGCUCAGAGACUUGGGUUACCAAAGACCAGCCGCUGGGGAUGAGCAAGAAGAUCUCAGACAUCGUCAUACGGGCAGCCAUGAAGAUCAACCCGAUGGGUCCUCUGCACUUUCCAGGCUCAUAGAUCAAGAAGGUCCGACAAACUCUCAAGCAGCACCGGCAGAUCAGGACGAGGCGGAAGAGAAGGUCUGUCGUAUGUGCUUCGCGUCCGAGGACGAAUUGGGUGAUGAUGGCUUGACAAUAGGAAGACUCAUCGCGCCAUGUCAUUGUGAUGGAAGUAUGCGCUACGUCCAUGACACCUGUCUCGACCAAUGGCGGCGUCAGUCAGCUGCCUCGGAAGCAGCCUGCGUCUGCGGUCAAUGCCACGCUCGCUACCGUUUCCGACGCAGACCUUAUUCGAACCUGAUGGCUUUCGUGCAGGCCAGUCAGAUGCUCCGCAUUCUUGCUUGCGUCUUCGUCAUCUUUGUUGCAUCCUUCCUGCUUGGUGUUCUGUCCUUCUUGACGCUAAGCACAAUGGCACGCUUCGAAGCAACUCCGCUCGCUUUUGUCCGCAACGCGGCACUGCGACAAGUACAGCUUGACAAGACACCAUUGAAUAUCACCAUACACAAAGAUCAGGCGCGCGCCGACGUCUGGGUCCCUGCAAAGGCAUGGCAUCGCGGAGGAAGCAUUUCUAUGCCCCACAUCAGCCACGACCUCUACGAAAGAGCAGACCUUGAGGUCUUUGCUCGAAUCCGACAGGAAGAAAUCGACAACCCAGUCUACUGGAAGCUGGUCAGACGCCCUCGAUCGGCCUUCCGAGCCAAUUACUCUGACGCAAAGAUCAUUCGAACUAAGCUCAGAUCCGGUGAGGAUGUCGAGAGAGAGCUUGAACGUCUGUCUCAGGGUCUUCCUCUGUUUCCAUUGGACAGCUGGCGUCGUAGUCCGCGCCAGAAAGAAGCAGGAUCACUCAACGCAAGGACAGCAGGCAACAAUGCUUCGAACAGCGGCUUGCAAACGCCUUACAACUUGACUCCCUCAUUACGAGAACGUUUUAUCUCAUCCGAGCUCAAGCUUCCCUUCAGCUUUCCGUUCCUCUCCUCCUCGCAUAAAGAUACGGAUGCCGCAAAAGCGCUGGACGAGGUCGAGCUUUGGCAAAGACAAAACAUGACAAUCUACUGGGAGUAUGAGGAGUCACCCGCCGAUCUCUUCCCGAACCCAUCGGAGCACUUCUUGGUGCGCAGUCUUCCUGAAUGGCUCGGCUUCCUUCGAUAUGUUGCUUACGGCUUCGUCCUUGCUAUGAUGGACCGCUUCUACUUCGUCAUCAGUGUCUUCCAGCCAUGGUGGUCUGCCAUCGCUCGAUCUGCACUGCAACUUGCGUUGUUGCUCAUGGAGUCGAACCGCGAGCUAAUGUGGUGCGCUAGCAAAGCAAUCGUCGCUGGUCUCAUCGCCUACACUGAUGUCGAGUUUGAGCCGGUGCGAUGGAACCCAGACAACUCCAUCGUCAUCGGACCGCCCCGAACGCGCAGACGAAAGCUAGCUGCCGUGGUACGAGAAGUGGUUGUGGUAGCAGCAGACAGCGUCUUUGGACCUCUCUGGCUCAACUGGUGGGGUGGUUACUCUCUGUCGGUAUAUCUGCAACCACGCGAGUUCAUGACGACGGAGCGCGUAGAGAUGACCCAGCUGGCGGCUGUGUUCGCUCCUGCCUUUACCUUGCUGAUCGAUGUCGCCUUCGGAGGGCUUUCGACAUCCAGUGACCGUGCAGCCAGGUUUAAGAAGUCUCAUACAAGCCGAUGGACGCAGGCAGAUUGGGUGCACAACGACCAUUCGGCUUCCGAAGGCUACCGUCGGAUGAUUGCCACGAUGCUUGGUGACAAGGACGCAAGUAAAGCCUCGAUUUGGGAUCUCUGGCUUGAGGUUGAGCAGACGAGGUUGCUGCCUGGUCGUACGAAACCGCUCCAGAUGGCGCUGUUACCCAGACAAAACACAUGGAAGACGGUCAUGCUGCUGGGCUGUCUCGCGACGACGGCUAUCGCGCUGGUAGUCGCUACCAAGCUGGCUUGGGAUACAACCAUCUCCCACUUCGCCAGGCAGGCAUGGCGAUCACUGGUGAGCAUCUAUCAGCUGAUUAUACACUCUGGCGACAGCUUCCGUCAUCUCUGGCGACAAACCAGGGAUACGUCGCUAUUCAUCGUUCGAUAUACCACGGGCAGGAUCAAGGGGCUUGUGAGCCAGCUGUUGAGGAGUCUCACCAGGUCCGGUCCUUCUGAUGGUGACGGCGAUGCUAACCAUGCUACUUGUGGAGAUGCAGCUGGCUCGCAAGACACUGGAUUGGGAGAACAGGUUCCACCAGCGCCGGAGCCAGAACCGAUGGCAGAGCCUCUCCUGAACGAUCCAUUCAUGCAAGGCGCUCAUAUGGGCAUCUUUGGAGCGAUUUUAGGUCAUGUGGCGUCCAUCUAUGGAUGUCUGCAUGCCUUUGUCUUUACGAUGCGAUUCAUACUCGUCUACCUUCCCUUUGAGCCUUUCAUGAUCGUCUACACGCUGUUGGCCAAGCUGAUCCAGGUGGACGUGGCCAACACUGAGGUCUUGGAUCGCGGCGAUGUUGGCGCGUGA